CAGCGCCCUUGCCCGUAAACAAUAUUUAGGUUAUGUUAGUGACAGUUAACCUCUCACCAAACGUUAUAUUUUUAUUAAUAGCCGGUAAAGUUGAUAAAUAUUUGGCAAAAUUGCUGAAAACAUGAAAUCUCAGACCGAGUACAAGGUAAAAAGUCCGCCAGAAGACGCAAUUUCGUCGGUGAAAUUUGGCCCCAAUACCAAUCAGUUUCUGUUGGUCAGCUCUUGGGAUGGUACUGUGCGGCUAUAUGAUGUUACUACGAAUAAUUUGAGGCAUAAAUAUGCCCAUGAUGCUCCAGUUUUGGAUUGCUGUUUUACUGACGCCGUCCACUCGUACAGCGGCGGCCUGGACAACACCCUAAAGUCCUUCGACUUCAACACAACCACCGAAAACACCGUCGGCGCUCACGCAAAUGCCAUCAAAUGCGUGGAAUAUUGCAGUGAAGUGAAUGGAAUUUUAACAGGAAGUUGGGACCACCACAUCAAACUAUGGGACCCACGCACGCCACUGUGUAGCGGGAGCUACAACCAAGGCGAAAAAGUCUACACAAUAAGCGUCUGUGGCGAGAAACUGGUCGUUGGAACAGCCGGCCGAAAAAUCCUAGUGUGGGAUAUUAGAAAUAUGUCAUACACUUUACAAAAACGCGAAUCUAAUUUGAAAUAUCAGACGAGGGCGAUCAGGUGUUUCCCUAAUAAGCAGGGGUUUGUUUUGAGUAGUAUUGAGGGGAGGGUGGCGGUUGAAUAUCUAGACACCAAUCCUGAGAUUCAGAAGAAAAAAUAUGCCUUCAAGUGUCAUAGAAUUAAGGAGGAUGGCAUGGAAAAAAUUUAUCCAGUGAAUGCGAUCAGUUUUCACCCAACACAUAACACGUUCGCAACCGGUGGUUCCGACGGUUAUGUGAACAUUUGGGACGGUUUUAAUAAAAAACGCUUGUGUCAGUUCCACCAAUAUCAUACAUCAAUUACGUCACUUAGUUUUAGUCACAAUGGUUCUGUGUUGGCCAUUGCAUGUUCCUACUUUUUGGAGGAGGAAAAUCCCCCAAAUCCGCUACCGGAAGACGCCAUCUAUAUUCGAGCUGUCACAGACCAGGAAACCAAACCGAAAUAUAGCAGCAAUUCAUAAUUUUUUGUAUUAAUAAAAUUUACAAUAAGUGUU